UGUGAUAUAAAGUAUGUAGAUUAGUUUUAUUUGUCUGGAUCCGAUAUAUUUUGUUAUCCGGGGUGAAGGAGAUGCUGCUGCCGAUGACAUGCCUGAGCUGUCAGAGAGCGAGGGAGAGGAUCUUUGGGAGGACGAGGAAAAUGAACAAGAAGAACAGAAAGUAUGCUGCUUAUUUUGUGACAGGUUGUUGAUUUCCAUUCCAGAUGCCUUUUCCCACUUUAAUUCUGAACAUGGUGUCGACAUUGGCACUGUGGUCCGUAAACAUCGACUUGAUGACUUUGGCUACAUUAAACUUAUCAACUUCAUUAGAACCACAAAAUGCAGUGCUGAGACUCUGUUGUCAAUGUCAAGCCCAGUUCUAUGGGAGAAUGACGAAUACAUGAGACCAUCUUCACACGAUGACCCACUGCUUCAGUUUGACGUCGAGGAGCUGUGGGAUUCACAGUCACGGGAAGACCAGGCUUGUGAUCAGUCAGGUAAUGGAAGCCCGGCACAGGCAGCUCUGCUACAGAGGGUACAGAACGCUGAAGACAAAGCGCAGAAGGCUGAGGAAGCUCUUGCCAGAGCUUUGGAAGAUCUGCACAAAAUAAAACAAUUUGCCCAGAAUCUGGUGAUGAACGCAGAUGUGGGGACGGGUGCUUCAGCUGGCGGUGCUGUAGCAGGGCUGCGAGCCGAUGAGGACGAUGUUUACUUUAGCUCGUACGGGCACUACGGAAUCCACGAGGAAAUGCUGAAGGACAAAGUUCGGACAGAGAGCUACAGGGAUUUCAUGUACCUCAAUCCAGAUGUCUUCAAGGACAAGAUAGUUCUGGAUGUGGGCUGUGGAACUGGAAUUCUCUCAAUGUUUGCUGCCAAAGCUGGAGCCAAAAAGGUCAUUGGAGUUGACCAGUCUGAGAUCAUCUAUCAAGCCAUGGACAUCGUAAGAUCAAAUAAUCUUGAUGGCACAAUUACAUUAAUCAAAGGAAGGAUUGAAGAAGUGGACCUCCCAGUUGAAAAAGUGGACAUCAUAAUUUCAGAGUGGAUGGGUUACUUUCUUCUCUUCGAAUCCAUGCUGGACUCUGUUCUGUAUGCGAGGGACAAGUACUUGGCAGAUGGUGGAUCAGUGUAUCCUGAUCUGUGUAACAUCAGCCUGGCAGCUGUGGGUGAUACACCGAAGCAUGAUUGCCGGGUAGCAUUCUGGGACGAUGUGUAUGGUUUCCAGAUGUCCUGCAUGAAGAAAGUAGUGGUUCCUGAGGCUAUUGUAGAGGUGUUGAAACCUGAGAGACUAAUCUCAGAGCCCUGUGUAAUCCAGAAUUUUAAUUGUAAUGCAGCACUGAUUUCUGAGCUGGAGUUUUCUGCGGAUUUCUGUUUAAAGAUAACUGACAGUACUCUGUGCACGGCAAUCGUUGGAUAUUUUGACAUAUUCUUUAACAAAAACUGCAACAACAAGGUCAUGUUCUCAACAGGGCCCCAAAGCACCAAGACUCAUUGGAAGCAAACUGUGUUUCUCCUGGAACACCCCAUUCCAGUGAAAUCAGACGGGACCUUGCAGGGGAAGAUAAAUGUUUGCAAGAAUAGGAAAGAUCCCCGCUCUCUCAUCAUCACCAUCUCCAUGAACAACACCAAGCAGACUUACAGUCUACAGUAGAAGCUUUCUGCUUUCUACACAGUUUCUGUUUGUUUGUUUUAAUACCUGUGUAACUGGGAAAAUAAAAAUCUGCUAAACCCUU